AUGUGGUUCGGACUCUUUGAAGCAACAUUCCACAAUAAAGCCAUCUCGGACGCCGAAAAGAUGACUCAUCUGCAGACUUUAACGACUGGAAAAGCAAAUCAAGCUAUUUGUGGCUACUCCUGCAAUAGCACUAUGUACAACGCUGCCCUCCACGAACUAAGACGACAAUAUGGACGACCCGACAUCAUCAUCAAUGACUUCGUCAACAGACUACAGAGCUUCAAGCAACCAUCAACUCAUCGCAGGGAUUCGUAUAUGGAAUUUUCCACAUUCAUCAGUAACCUGGUGGAAACAUUUCGGACGCUUGGGUUCAAAGACGAUUUAAACUCUACAAUAUACGUUCAAUUUGCCGUCAGCAAAUUGCAACACCAUCAGCAGCUUCAGUGGACACAGUACAUCACCGCCCAGAACAUCGACCAGCCUAAUCUUAUCGCCUUCAACGACUGGAUCAGACAGUUUACAAUAGCAUGCAAUCACUUACCACCUAUGCAACCGCAGCAAAUGACACUGGACUUGAACGAUCGACAACAAAUAGCCCCAAGAAUUCGACACGCCAACGGAUCUCGACCAUCAAGCAACCAGCCUUCACAGAAGACUUCUCAAAAUUGGAGUGCGAAUACCCGACCCCCAUGUCCUUUCGACGGACAAACUCACCACCCAGCAUACUGCAGAAUGUAUCAGAAUUCACCUUUGGAAGAGAAUAAGAGACUCGUUUCUGUAAAGAAACUUUGUUUCAACUGCCUUGGCCAACAUCAAGUAAAAGACUGCCCAUCAAAGCACACAUGCAGCAAAUGCAAUCAGCAUCAUCACACAACUCUACACGACGAACAACGAACACAAAGAACAGCGAAGUUUAAUCCAAACCAGCGACCGAAUCAAGUCAACCAUCUUGCCAGCCAAAAGAAGAUAUCAAGAAUCAACAGCUCACUGCUGCUACUUUUACCAGUAACAUUACGAUACCGCAACAUAUACCUUAAUGUAUACGCUUUUCUUGAUACAGGAAGUACAAAUAGCUACAUAUCGCAACCGACAGCAGCAUAUCUUCAACUGGAGGAAACUAACCAUCAGGAACAACUGCUCAUUGGAGGUUUCUUCAACUCGCAAACGAUAGAGGCUAAGACAGUGGAUAUUACAGUUCAUUCAUUUGGAAAUAACACUUUAGCGUUUGAACUAACUAAUGUUUUAAUCAAAGAGAACAUCAACUUGAAUGCAGCCGAGCCCGAAAAAUUGAACGACAUCUGCAGCCAAUACGACCACCUUAAGGAUAUAUGUUUUCCGGACUUCAGCAACAACGACGUAGCCCUAGUGAUUGGAACGGACAAUAUUGACAUCAUCAGCCCGAAGACCAUCAUCAAAGGAAAUCAAAAUGUUCCUCGAGCAGUCCUUACAGCCCUAGGAUGGACAAUAGCAGGACCGAACAACGACAUUGGAUACUUCUCAAGCCACCAAGCAACAGCCACCCCAAUACAGAUAUCAACUGACGACACACAAAUCUCGGAUCUUCUCGCCUCAUUCUGGCGAAUGAAAACCUAUGCCACAUCACCUGAAAUAACGAUGUCAUCGGACGAAAGACACGCUAUGAAAACACUUCGGAAAACCAUAUCAUUAUACGACAACCGCUAUCAACUUGGACUUCUGUGGAAACCAAAUGCAAAUCUUCCCAACAACUAUAAAGCAGCAAUUGCCCAAUACAACCGGAUGAAAAUACAACUUAACAAGAAUUCAGAAAAGUUGGCUCUCUAUCAGAAUACAAUUGACCAGAAUCUCAGCAAGCACUACAUAUGGAAAUUAGAGCCAGACGAAAUACCUUCGACAGUAUGGAUUUUACCUGAACAUGGCGUAAUCAACCCAAACAAGCCAGGGAAACUUCGCCGUGUUUCCAAUGCCAAAUCCAAAUUUAAAGGAGUUUGUCUGAAUGAUAUGCUUCUCACUCGACCUGACUUGAUCUGCAAUCUACUAGGAGUAAUUACCCGAUUUUGCGUGGGGAAAGCAACCCAUCAUUGCCGACAUUGA